CACACACACUGUCAACUGAAAUCAAAACAAAGCAAAAAACCUCCACUCGUACGAGGAACACAAAUGAAACGCUAAAUUUAGCUAAGCUUACACCUUUUUGCAAUAAUUGUGACUAAAUAGCAAUAACACCAUAAAGCGUUCAAAAUUAUCUUAAGUUAGCAACACACAAAAGGUAGAACAAACCUUCCUACAUUACACAUCACAUGGCUGUCGAACAAAGCGAAAGUGCCUAAAGAUCAUUCCAAUACGACAUUCUUCUAGAAUUAACGAAACAAAGAGCAAUUUAGUGUGGCCUUACCGAAAUGUUCCGAACGCUAGGCGCCACCGUUUUGCUGCUGAAAAUAAGCCUCACGAUUGCGUAUCGGCCUGUGUUCAUCUACCAUGGCAUUCUUACUGGUGCGGAUAGUAUGGGGCAUUUGGUCAAUAGAAUCCAGGAGGUUCACCCUGGCACGGUGGUGUACAAUUUUGGGCGUUUUGGUGGAUGGGCCAGUCUGAUAAAUGCCUGGCAUCAGGUGCAAGCGGCACACGACAACCUGAAAUUAGUCUGCGAUUUGCAUCCGGACGAGGGCAUCAACAUGAUCGGCUAUUCGCAGGGUGGUCUGCUGGGUCGGGCAGUGCUGCAGAUCUAUCCGGACCACUGUGUGAAGACGUUCAUCUCACUAAGCUCCCCGCAAGCGGGUCAAUUCGGAGAUGACUUUUUGCAUUUAAUCUUCCCCUCGCUCGUUGCACGAACGGCGUACGAGCUUUUCUACUCGCGCGUCGGCCAGGACACGUCCGUGGGCAACUACUGGAACGAUCCGCACCAUCCGGACCUGUACGAGCAGUAUAGCAUUUUCCUGCCAUACGUCAAUAAUCAACUUCCCUCCGUCAACUCUACCCAGUACCGAGAGGCCCUGCUGCGGCUCAACCGGAUGGUGCUGAUUGGUGGGCCCGAUGAUGGGGUGAUUACACCCUGGCAGUCUAGUCAUUUUAGCUUCUUCGACCAGAAGUACAACGUGCUGCCGCUGGAGAAGAGUGUGAUUUACACCGAAGAUUGGAUCGGACUGAAAACGCUACAGGAAAGUGGCCGAUUGCACAUAAUCGAGCGGCAACAUGUGCGUCACUAUCAGUGGCAUCGGACGAACGAUGUGAUCGACGAUGUGAUUAUGCCAUAUUUGGACUAGUGUUUCGGUUCACACCACACCCCAAUCACGGAGGAAACCAUGAUUUUCUACCUUACGUUACCAAGGUUCCCAGCGGAUUGCUGGGGAGGAGUUUGACAUAACUGAAAAAGCAAUAGGAUGUUUUAUGUUUUUUUUGUGUAUAUUUGCUACUGUGUAUUUUAUGUUUUGUGUUAGGUAGGAAUUAUAGUGUGGUUAAGCUUUACGGUCACAAACACAAUUUAAGGCUGAUUUUUUUAAAUAUUACAAGUUAAACAGCACGCGGUGCCACUAGCGAUAGGAGGAUCUCCACUUUCCCAUAGGAGGAACAAAUGUUUUGGGUAAAAUCUACACUACAUAGAGGUAGUAAUAAUAUCGGAUUUAUAAACAAAUGAAACUCGAAAAUAAACUUUAACAGGUUUUGCUGAGCACAA